AUGGACGGCUCGGAGAACCGCUUGUUCCGCUUCUCCAAACCAGAAUGGCUCAACAACUCGACAGUGCGUAACGCGGGCGUCUACACAUCAGGCGCACUUUUCUCGCUGGGCUUUUUUUUCCUUAUUGAUGCCGCCGCCUUUUCACAUAGCUAUCGUAACGCCUCGACUGUACACGUCAAGUUCGUCGACUGGAUCCCUGGAAUCUGCUCUGCACUGGGUAUGCUUGUCAUCAACUCGAUUGAGAAGUCGCGGUUACAGGCCGAUAGCUUCAGUUACAGUGGGAACGGCGUUGCGUGGAAGGCGCGCUUUGUUCUGUUUCUUGGGUUUGCGUUGCUUGCUGGAGGUUUGGCGGGAAGUGUGACGGUCAUGGUUCUCAAGUACCUCAUCAAGAAUUAUCCGCUACCGACGCUGUACUUCGGAAUCGCGAAUGUCAUUGCCAAUGGGCUGGUUAUGUUGAGCAGUUCGGUUGUUCUUUGGAUUUCUCAGAACAUCGAAGAUGACUACACGUAUAACCUUGCGCUUUAG